UUGUGAUCUUAUACAUCAUCCCACCUAUAAUCCCAAUUCCUAAAUCUUCCAAGAGAGUACCUUGUUUCUGUCAUCAUAUUGUUCUCCACUUUCAUAUUAUUUCAAUUUCACGAUCUCACUUCAAUGCAACUCUUUCUCUAACCUCCCUUGAAAUAAAAUAAAACAAAACUUCACUGAACUCACUUCCCAUUCACCUUCACCAUGAAUCCAAUAGAUCCUUUAUCAUUAACCCUUGAAACCCCUUCUAUUACUUCCCCUUCUCAAACUUCUUCUCAACAAAUCCCUAACAUGUCAACCCUCAAUCCCCAAUUCACUCCCAUUUACACCGGAGCACCACUUCAAACCAUACUCGUCCCUAAACCUAAACUUUUUAAUGAUUUUUUCACCACCCAAGGUUCCCAACAACAACCUCAUUUCCCUCCUGGAUAUGAGCACAAUAGUCAACCUCAUUUCCCUCCUGGAUAUGAACACACCAAUCAAUCUAACCUCUACACUAAGUACUAUAACAUUCUACAACCUUCCAAUGCUACUUCCGAUAAGUCCCUUUAUCGUUCUCUCAAAAUCGAUGAUUCCAGCAAUGCUUCUGCCGCUUCAAUGGAGAACUCAGUCAAUAUUUCUAACCUUGGACUAAAUCAAAACCUUAAUAUGGGGGUGGAUUUUGUGGAUGAUAGAAAUGAUCGAUCUAUUGUUCCCAUUUCAAAGAAACAAGAAUCAUGUUCGACGGUAGCUCUGGUUAAGAAAAAGGCAAGUCAGAUGCUUGUGAGGUAUUCAGAUCUGAGUAUGAAGGAUCAGAUGCAUUUUCGCAACGUGAUGAGGAGAACAAGGAUGACUUUUAAUUCGCUACGUGUGUUGGCAAGUAUUGAUGAUAAGAAAAGAAUUAUUGAGAAGAAUAAAUUGGCUGAUGAAGUUUUUCUGGAGGCAGAUAAGAGAUUGGAUGAGGAUAUGAUAUUUGUUUCUGAAGUUGCGAUUAUGGAGACGGAAAUGGGAGCUGGUGAUGAGAACAAGGAAGAGGCAGCAACAUGGGUGGAGGGGAAAAUGUCGAAUGGAAGAAGACAUCACCAUCAUAUUCGUGGUGACAUAUGGGCUGCGAGGUUAAUGAAGGACCGAGAGUUAUGGUUGUAUCGCGAUAAAAGGAUAGUUGGUUCGAUACCUGGAGUUUAUGUUGGUGAUGUUUUCUUGUAUAUGGUGGAAUUAUGUGUAAUUGGUUUGCAUAUGCAGAUACAAGCUGGUAUUGAUUUUCUUCCUAAAAGUAGGUCUUCCAAUGACGAGCCAAUUGCUACUAGUGUGAUUGUUUCAGGUGGUUAUGAGGAUGAUAUGGAAUUGGACGAUGGUGAUGUAAUAAUCUAUACCGGCCAAGGAGGAAGAAAGAAGAAUUCCUCAAUUCAAAUUUGUGAUCAGAAAUUAGAGGGUGGAAACCUUGCUUUGGAGCGUAGUAUGCAUUACGGGAUCGAGAUUAGGGUUAUUCGUGGGAUGAAGUAUGAAGGGGGUGCGACUAGCUCUGGUAAGGUUUAUGUUUAUGAAGGAUUGUAUAGGAUUACUGAUUGCUGGUUUGAAGAAGGGAAAUAUGGUUUUAGAGUUUUUAAGUAUAAGUUAUUGAGAGUUGAGGGGCAAGCUAAGAUGGGCAGUGUUGUUCUUAAAGAGGCUAGGGAGAUUAAGAAAAUUGGGUUUGAUGUUAAGCCUAUGUAUUGUCUUUCUGUUGAUAUUUCAAACAAGAGGGAGAAUGUUCCUGUUAGGCUAUUUAAUGACAUAGAUGACAAUCAAAAACCUCUUUCGUAUGAGUAUCUUCCGAAAACUACUUUUCCGCAGUUUGUGUUUCAUCAAAGUGGGAAAACUACUGGUUGUGAAUGUCAAGAGGCUUGUAUUGAUGACUGCUUUUGCUUUAUGAGGAAUGGAGGUGAGUUUCCUUAUAAUCUUCAGGGCUUGCUCGUGAAAGGGAAGCCUUUGAUUUUUGAAUGUGGCCCUUUUUGCUCCUGUCCUCCCAAUUGUCGGAAUCGUGUUGCACAAAAGGGGAUCAAGCAUAUGUUUGAAGUGUUUAGGUCUGCGCAAACUGGUUGGGGAGUUAGGUCCUUGGACCUUAUUCAGGCUGGAGCCUUUAUCUGCGAGUAUACCGGGGUAAUUUUAACAAGGGAACAAGCUCAAAUUUUAACAAUGAAUGGUGACUCGUUAAUAUAUCCAAAAAGGUUUAUGGAUAGAUGGGCAAAAUGGGGGGAUUUGUCUCAGAUAUACAAUAAUUAUGUUCGUCCAUCAUAUCCAGUAAUACCUGAUAUAGAUUAUUCUAUGGAUAUAUCAACAUUGCGAAAUGUAGCUGGCUAUUUGAGCCAUAGUUCGAGUCCAAAUGUAUUUGUUCAGUUUGUUCUCUAUGAUCAUGACAAUCUGAUGUUCCCCCAUCUCAUGCUAUAUGCAAUGGAGAACAUCCCUCCAUUGAGAGAACUCAGCAUAGACUAUGGCAUCCCUAACGAGUGGGCAGGAAAGCUAUGAGUAUGUAUGUAACUAAGUAGUUUUGCAAGACUGCUAAAACUCUAUUUUGGUCAUGGAUAGUAUUGUAAGAUUUCAU